CCCCUCAUCUUCAAUCAUGUAUCCAUCUUCACCACACCACUACCCAAGAAGAGACUUUUCCAAUUUUUGGUUCAUGGUUGAUGUCAGCAAAUUUAUCUUUUAAAUUAAAAGCCUUUCAUCAUAGCCUCCACUGAAACUGGUGUCGAAUUAUGGACAAGAGAACAUGUUCAGCCUUUCUAUUAGCUUCUUUACUGGCAGUUGCAUUACAAGUCUUUGUUUUAUCUCCAAUAUCACCUGAUAUACUCCUUCCAACCUCCUCGAUCCCAUCAAACAGCAAGUUACAGGAAGUGAGUAAACUUGGAGAAGGGCUUCUAAAGAAACCAGAAGCCAUGCUGUCGACAAAAUCGGCGUGCUUUAUACGGCUACAAGAAUUGGUUGGAUCACAAGAUUGCACAGAAAUGGAUCCUGGGAGAAAUGGAGGCAUGAUGACAGUGAGAAUUUACUUGGAGAAACUGCAACAGCUGGUGACCUUGUCAUCUGCGACGCAGAGAAGGUAAAUCGUGUUGAAGAGUAACAUUUCUUAACAAUUUCAGUUUUUCGAUGAGGUGGUUGGACACAUCUGGUGAAAACAGUUCAAGGAUGAGGUGGUAAGACACAACAUCAGGUGAAAACAGUUCAAAUCUCGCCUCUUACCAUUUAUGAAAACUGUGCACCUUUCUUAAAAGUUUUAGCUUUUCCGAUGAGGUGGUUAGAUACAACAUCAAGUGAAUGCAGUUCAAGUCUCAUCUCUAACCAUUUAGGAAAAUUGUGCACUUUUCUUCACAUUUUUAGAAAAAUCAAUGCACCUUUCUUAACAAUUUUAGCUUUUCGAUGUGGUGAUUGGAUACAACAUCAGGUGAAAGCAGUUCAAGUCUAAUCUCUAUCCAUUUAGAAAACCUGUGCACCUUUAAUAAAAAUACAUUCGACAUGCAUGUGAUACAGUGUUUUAAGACAAUUUUUCUCUAAACUGUGCACCUUUAACGAAAAUAAAUUCGACGUGCAUGUGAUACGGUGUUUAUAGACAAACGAGUUUUAAAAUAAUGAAUUUUUGAAGAAUGUGU